AUGAGAAAAAAUUCAAUUUACAUUAAAAUAUUUACCCUAAGUCAUCUAACUUGCACAUAUCCUUAUCCCAAUGAGACUCUAUUUGGAAAAUAUAUAUGUAACAUACACUAUGAUAAUAAUGCAUUACUCAUAAGAAAGGAACGCUUAUUGUCAAAUAAUCAGGGAAAGGAGUCUAAAAAAGAAAAAGUAAAAAAUUAUAUAGAAUCUGAUCCCAAUAAUAAAAAAAGAAAAAAUGAAUCUGAAGUUAUGCCAAAAUUUACACAAAUUAAAAACUGUAGUAUCAUAGAUUUAAUAUUGAAAACUCUAAAAAACAAGUCUGUACAAAGAAAGGUUGAACCCUUUAGGCAAAAAGUUUUCAAUUAUCUAGAUAAAUAUUAUAAAUAUCAAGAAAAUGGAAAUACGCCUAGAAAUACAUUUAAAAUGACCUUACAUGCAAUGUGUCAUUUAAGUGUUCUUUCUUUCUUUUUUUUGAUGAUUUCUGGGUUAUCCCAUAUAAUAUUUUUUAUAGUUCUUUUUUUUUUGAGGUCUAUGGAAAAUAAACAUUUUUUAUUAAUAUUUUUGGCUCAAGGAAUUUGUUUUAUAUAUUUUACACAAUUUAUAAUAAUUUUAUUAGAAUUUAUUCCUACAUUCGUAAAUGUUUCAAAGUAUCAUAGAUUAAAUAAAGGAAAGUAA